AUGGCCUCGGUUUUUUAUUGUUUACGGGCCACCCUGACAAUGACUCUCCUGCUGACUGGAAUCAUAGUCCUGGUUUUGAUGUAUUGUUGGUCAGCUCCAUCUCCAAAUUGCCAUCCUCCCCCAUCUCAACCCAACACAUCAGUGCUUACAAAACAGCCAGCGAAACAACAGACAGACAAGCCUGUACUGCUGCUGUGGUUUUGGCCUGGAAACAAAAGGUUCGAUCUUCAAGACUGCAAGAGGCUUUUCGAAAUUGACAGCUGCCACCUCACAGAUGAUAGAUCUUCAUACUCCAGAGCUCAUGACGUUUUGGUGUUUCACAGAGCUAUCCAGAAUCUCUCCAACCUUCCCACCUCACCUCGAUCCAGGUUGCAGAGGUGGAUCUGGUUCAACACAGACUCACCUAAUAAGACGCGCAAGAUAGAAGGCAUUCAAGGCCUUUUUAACCUAACCCUGAGCUACAGGAGGGAUGCCGACAUUAACAUUCGUCAGGGAAUUACUUUCAAGAAGGAUUCAGAUGAAGAUUUCAUACUUCCCAAGAAGGAACGAUUGCUUUGUUGGAUUGUGGAUGGCGACGACUUCCACACAAAAUCAGGAGAGAGAUACAGCUACUACAGUGAGCUUAUAAAACACAUCAAGGUGGAUGUUUUUAACAGCUCCUCUACCAAAGGGGAGAACUACUUCCUGACUAUCAGCAGCUGCAAAUUCUACCUUUCCUUUGAGAAUUCAAUUUACAUAGAUUACAUUACAGAAACAUUCUAUGAACCUCUUGCGGUUGGCACUGUGCCUAUAGUUUUGGGCCCACCGCGAAAGAACUAUGAGGAUUAUGCCCCACGUACUUCCUUCAUACAUGUAAAUGACUUUCCUGAGGCCAAAGCACUGGCCAAGAGCCUCCUGGAGCUGGAUAAGGAUGAUAUGGCUUAUAUGAGAUACUUUGAUUGGCGGCAAUUCUAUAUUGUCAGACAUCCUACUGAGGAGAAGCAUGAGUUUGCGCACGCUAUCUGCCAGGCCUGUCGUCACGUUGGCAUAUACAAGAAGUACAGAGUUGUACCUGAUCUGUACAAGUGGUUCUUUCAGUAA